CCCCCGCCCCGGCGGCUCCCGGCCGCCCCUGCCCGCCCGGGGGUGUGUCUGCUCGGCCCCGCUCCGGUCGCGGCUGCGGGCACGGCUCGGCCCGGCUGUCGGCCAUGGCCCCGGGGAAGGCCCCGUGCCGGCGGCGCAGCAGCGACUCGGGCGUGGAGCCGGACCGCGGGGCGCUGCCCCGGGACAGGGAGCAGCGCACCGCGCUCUCCCAGAAGAAGAGGGACCAGCGCAUCGCGCUCUUCCUCAGCGACUUCGACCAGCAGGCCAAGGAGCACAUCCAGGAGAUGAAGAAAGAGCUCGAUUCGCUUUUGCAGACAGCGGAGAAGGCGUUUGCGGUGGAGCUGCUGACGAUGCCGGCUGCCGUCAGGAAGAUGAAAAGGAAAGAUGUGCUCGAUUUGCAAGGACGGGAGGAAGUGGCUCUUGCUGCUGCAGUGACUGACUGCUCUGUAGAAGACAUGCCAAAUCCCAAACUGGUGAGGACCAACAGCAAAAAAGUUAAGGUAACUACAAUUGUUGAAUAUGAAGAUGCCAAGCACGGUUCUGCAAAGAAAAUAACUAAAAAAAUUUCCAAAACCAGGUCGCUGGUUUCACUGGCCUCUGGUUUAAGUGGCAAAUUGAACUCUCUUUCCAGUGCCACAAAUCUCAAAGCCACUCCAAAUGGAGCUAAAAGUGCUGGAUUACAACAGACUGUCUCAAGAACUUUACCUGCAAGUGGAAGAGUUCAAGGCAUGUUAAAAAGAAGUAAAUCAGUACCCCAACAUAAAAGUGUUCCAUUUGUCAACAUUCCCCUGGCUGAUGGACAGACACUCUGUACAGCUGGUGGAGACCUCCGUAAUAUUGAUGUGCAGCUCCUAAAUCAGGAUACAGUACAGCACAUUCAUAACCUGGUGAGUGAGCUGACUGUACUAUGUGGAAAGGUAACACCUAAGCCAAGUUAAUGGAACUGUCUUGUGACUACAGAACAUUGGUGACUGCUCUUGCCUGCUGCCUCCAAACUGUUGAAAUAAUGUCUAUUAUGUCUUAAUAAAGCUGUAUACU